CAAUAUCCAUCUAAUUUCUGCUUUUCGCGUACCCUUAAAGAGAAAUGACUCCUGGACAAUUCUAUUCCCCGCCCCAUCUCUACCCCGUUGUUUUGUUUGUUUAGCAUGCAGCCUGAUGAAGAGUUCAGGAGAACUUGAAAGCUUGCAUGAUAUGAUUGUGUGGUUGGUCUUAUGUUGGUUCUCUCCGGACAGAGAGAUGAAAUGAUGAUGAUGAUUUUGCUAUUUAUAUGCCCCAGCCACUCCAACAAAAUAUAAAAAACACCAUAAAACAUCAAACAUCAAAAACACCCCUUCCUUCAGAUGCCUUCCAAAAGCCAUAUACUGUACUGUAGUUGUUUAUCUGUUUGACAUCUGAUGAAACGAACCCGCCCUAUGGCGAUGAAAAGCGACAAUAUCCUUCGCCUUUCGAAGUCCAACGGGAGGGCGAGAGAAGCCGAUGCUCAGCCGGAAAUGUUUAUCGAAAACCUCUUAAUUCGAGUCUACCUCUACGACUUGGCCGGGCGUCCCCCUUUUUUCAGUUGACGCCUGGCGUCAUACGUACGCUGGGGGGCGGAGCUUAGCUUUGAAUUUGUCGCGGGGCGAAGCUGGGGCUGGGGCCGCACCGGGUGGGGGGACGGGAGAGGAAGAGAGCGGGCGGAGAAGGAGGAGGGAGGCAAGGAUGGGGUCGGUGGAGCCGGCGGCGCCCCCACAGGACAGCAGCCUGCGUGAGGAGACGGCGCCCGGCUCGUCCCGGGCGAGGCGCAUUGCGGCGCCCCAGCCGCCCUCCAUCGAGGACUUCGCCAUCGUCAAGCCCAUCAGCCGAGGCGCCUUUGGGAAGGUCUACCUGGGCCGCAAAGCGGGGAAGCUGUACGCUGUCAAGGUAGUAAAAAAAGCUGAGCUGAUCAAUAAGAAUAUGGUUCAUCAGCUGCAGGCAGAGAGAGAUGCCCUGGCUCUCAGUAAAAGUCCUUUCAUUGUGCACUUAUACUACUCACUUCAGUCUGCCAAUAACAUCUACUUGGUAAUGGAGUAUCUCAUUGGUGGAGAUGUUAAAUCUCUUCUUCACAUAUACGGCUAUUUUGAUGAAGAAAUGGCAGUGAAGUAUAUUUCUGAAGUAGCACUGGCUCUUGAUUACCUUCACAGGCAUGGGAUAAUCCACAGAGACCUGAAGCCAGACAAUAUGCUGAUAACUAAUGAGGGUCACAUUAAGCUGACAGACUUUGGUCUCUCCAGAGUUACUCUGAAUAGAGAAAUAAAUAUGAUGGAUAUUCUCACUACACCAUCCAUGGCUAAACCCAUGCAAGACUAUUCACGUACUCCUGGACAAGUGUUGUCUCUCAUGAGUUCCUUGGGUUUUUAUACCCCAGCGGCAGGGACAGUGCAUGCACCUAGUCCAAGCCCUCUUUGUGGAAAUACAUCUCAGCUUUCUCAACGAUUUGCUUCCCCGCUAUCCGUGAACCACAAAGACUACAGUUCUGUGUCAAACAAGCUACUGAAAGCAUGUUUUGAUUCUGCGGCUGCAACACCAGGAAUGCCUGUGAGGAGCCUGACCCCAACUCUGCAUCAGUGCAGGAAAAGGUUUGGGACCUCCAGCGCCAGUAGCCAUUCCCGCACCCAAUUAUCCAGCAUGGAGUCAGAGUGCUGCAGCAGCCCCAGGUGGGAAAAAGACGUGCAGGAAGCAGAAGAUAUACUCUCAUCUGCCCCAGGCAAAGAGAAUGUACCAGAGAAGGCCAAGGAUAGAAAUUUUCUGCUUGUCAGUGAUACUAAAGGCUUAAAGCAGAAAGUGCUGGAGUCUGCCAUCUCCCCUAUUAGCAGCAAUGACUCUGGGAACAGGCGCAAAGGACGGAUUGGACAUUUUGACUCAUGUGAUACUUCUAUAAGGACUAGCGCAGUUAAAGACCUUGCCCGAAAAUGUCUUUCAGAAUAUAAAGAAUGGGAAGAAAAGGGUUGUACAGAACAACCUGCUCUGACUAAGAAGGUUGCAAAAUCUAGUUACCACUUGUCCCCUUUGGCCUUGAGCAAACGUGUGGGGGAUAAUAAGGAGGAGACAAUGUUGGAGAUGCGAGGUGUCAAAAGAUCUUUUGAAUCAAUUGACACUAGCCCUUCACAAGAACUGAUCCUUGCCAAAAAGAGCAGUGCAGAAUACAAACGGGGCUGUAAAAUUCCAGAGAAACAAAGCACUGGUUUAACAACUGUAAUCUGUUCUUUGAAACUUGAUGGACACCUGCAAGGGACCUGUACAAAUGAAGCUCAAGCAAAAGACUGCUGUUGCACUGAACAAAACAGGGGUGGCGAGCCAGCCAAUCCUCUAAUAGCAAAGAAUCUCAUGCAUGAUCUAGAUGCAGAUUGUGAAAAAAAUGAGAAAAAGGAACACAUGAAUUCCAGUUUCUUAUGCAUUGAUGAUGAAAAGCCUUUAGCAAGCAUGAGUGUAGACUCGGAUCUAUCCCUUCGAGAAGUAUCUACUGCAGAGAGUCACUUGGAAAAGCGCCUUUCUGAUUUCGAUGGAAGCAUUAAAGAUCUCACCUUUGAGGAGCUAAAAACAGAGAACAUGUCAACAACAUCACCUUAUUGCUCAGAUGCCUUGCCAAGAAGUGAAGAAGUACAUGCUCUCCAGGAGAGCAAACCAUUGUAUCCUGAGCAGGACAAAAACUUGAAAGAUGUCACUGAAAUGCACACUGACAUUCACUGCUCUUCAUCUGCACUGAAACUCUUAAAGAAAAAUGUGGUUGCUUUUCGGAGUUACAACAGUCAGAUCAAUGUGUCUAAUACAUCUGAGCCGUCGAGAAUUAGCUGGAUGACUGUAGAAGAAAUGGAUACCUCUGCUUGCAGUGGCUCUUAUCCCAUGACUGUUACACCUGCACAAAAGGGAGCACCUUACAGCGUAUUUCAGACCCCUCAAGGAAACAGUGGUACACCAUACAGGACCCCCAAGAGUGUCCGAAGAGGAGCUACUCCAGUAGAGAGAACACGCAUUUUAGGAACCCCUGACUACUUGGCACCUGAGCUCCUCUUAGCAAAGGCUCAUGGAGUUCAGGUCACUGGUCCUGCAGUAGACUGGUGGGCACUUGGAGUUUGCUUGUAUGAGUUUUUAACUGGAAUUCCACCUUUCAAUGACGAAACACCACAACAAGUAUUCCAGAAUAUUCUGAAAAGGGAUAUUCCAUGGCCUGAAGAUGAAGAGAAAUUGUCAGAUGGUGCUCAGAAUGCAAUAGAAGUUCUUUUAACCAUUGAGAGCAGUAAGCGAGCUGGACUUAAGGAGCUGAAACUUCACCCCCUCUUUCAUGGUGUGGACUGGGAUAAUCUGGAUAAUCAGACCAUGCCCUUCAUUCCGCAGCCAAAUGAUGAAACAGAUACUUCCUAUUUUGAAGCUAGGAAUAAUGCACAGCAUCUAACAGUAUCUGGAUUCAGCUUGUAGUAUGGGAAAAUGGAAUUAUUUUCCAGAGAACUGCACAUUUAAGAAGCUUCCUUAACAUAAGUUUUACUCUCUAUUUUCUAACACACUUAAGUUUUUUUAAAACCUGAUUUGCUUUUAACUCUCCAUAUAUAUAUAUAUAU